AUGGCCGCAUCGAGGCCAGCCUCGUCGGCCGAGCCUCGCUCUCGGCCAACUUCCUACCACGACCCGCCGUCUCCCGGAUACUUGCAACCAGAAGACAUCCCCGUCGAAGUUCUCGUCGGUCACCUUCUCGCCGCGAAACAAUCUCUCUCCUCGAUGGCGCUCGUUCUCCGAGCCAACGACUUGGCCACGCACGCCCACCAGAUGCACGAGGAGUCCGUGAUUCUCGAUGCACAGACGAAGUUCCUACGCCGCCUGAUUGAUGAUGAGACCCAGCUACUCCAAAAGCUCCGGCGUGGGAUGGGCCGCGCCUACGACGUCGGGCGCUACGAAUUCAAACAAUUGAUACGGACGUUGGAUGCGAGCAAUGAAAAGCUUGAGAAGACGUUGCGCAUGAUGCAAGACACGAGGGUGGAGGCGGUGUUCCGCCCUGCUGGAGAGGAACAGAAGUUUUUGGUCGAUUUUAUUGAUGAGAAUAGUGUUGAGGCAAUGCGGAAUACCUUGAAGGAGAGCAUUGCCGAGUUGCAGGCCGCGCAAACGUCUUUCGACGGUGACCUCCUCCGCCUGGACAAUGACCUUCGUCUCAUCGCCAAAACCCUAAGCCCCCCGACGUCCUCUGACUCUCCUUCCGCCUCGGCCACCUACCAACCCAUCGCACAUCUUUUAGCCUCGCUUGCCGAAAACUCCGAAGGCAUGGCACAACACCUUACCUCCCUUACAACUCACUUUGACAUGUGCGUCAAGGCGGUCCGCGCGACGGAAGGUGGUGCUGCGCUAGCUCGACGACGUGCGGCCGAAGCGACCGACGACGGAGAUCCCGUCUCCAUAUCCGGCGUGAUCACGGAACAGGAAUCGCACGUCGAGGGGCUCGAGCCGAUGGACCCACAAGAGUUGGCCGAGAUUAUACAAGUUGUUGUGGAGGACGCGCCCGAAGUGGACGAGGUCGUGGCCGAGAUUCAAGCGGCACUACUGCAGAUGGAGCAGGAGUUCGGUGCUCUUAAGGAUCAGGCCGACCGCAUCAGAGACGCAUGGCUAGCGACGCUGCGCGCGUCCCAAAUCCUCGAGGAUAUCGGCGCACGCCUUCAGAGCUACGUUGCAGCCGAGCACGAGUUUGUACAACGGUGCGAGGCCGAAAAGGACAUUAUCUUUGGGCGGCUCGAGGAGAUGGACGGACUGAAGCGGUUCUACGAGGGCUAUGCGAGCGCGUACAGCAGCUUGCUCCUCGAAGUGGAAAGACGGCGGGCCGUCGAGGACAGGAUCCAACACACGCUGCGCAAGGCUCGGGAUAAUGUCGAGAACCUCGUAGAGGCGGACCGGAAGCAGCGCGAACACUUCCGCCAGGAGGUUGGCGAGUUCCUACCAACGGACCUGUGGGUCGGCAUGAACAACCCGCUUAAGCGGUGGGAGCUGACGCCGGUUGUGGCGACGGCGGAAGGCGGCGCUUCGAUAUCACAGGAUGAGCUAGUUACGCCGACGGCGACGCAGCCGGGGAAAGGUAAAGCGCCGGCUCGGUAG